GGCAGCUUAAUUGGAGCGGCCAGGUUUUAACCUCAUCGGGCAGGGACGGAAGUCGAAGAAUCGCAGGGAGUUCGGAAUUGGUGCCGAAGUACCGGAGGGGAGUGCCUCCGUCCGGAAACCAAAGACCUCGUGAUUGCAAUAAGGACUUCGGCGCUGCUUUACUUCUGAAUUGCUGGUGGAUUUCCUGGAGCGCUGCUUUGCAGAAGAAGCGGCUGGAGCGAGCGAGAGCCGCGCGUUUGGCCUGUUCCGGGAGAGCCGAGGCGCCGAGAAACAGCUACGCACCGUCUGAGUGCGAGCAGCUCAAGCGGAAUUCCGCGCUGGCGUGAAAAACGAGAGAAAGAGGGCAACGCAGACUCUCGGCGUAUUGGAGCCCGAAAAUCGUGAGAGGCAAUGGGAAGAGCGGGGUUUGAAAGCUUCGGCUAAGGCGAAUGGUAAAGCGAAUGGUUAUGAACGGCUGGAGGGAAAGGCGUGAAAUUGCUUAUACGCCCUUUGUGGGGGGGAAAAGCGCGUAAUAAGGCAGAUCCCAGGAGCGCUAGAAGCGGUGGGAAGACUUGCAAGGGCCGAAUUUCUCGCUCCGCUGGAAGAAGCCGAAGUAAAAUAACCCCGCGUUUGCCUCCGUGGGUCGGGGAAAUUUGGCCUAGUUCAGCUCGUCGGCUUUUUCCCCGGCCGGCCCUAUGUGGUGCGUAACCGCCCGGGACGUCCCGAAAUGAAGGGAGCGGUGGAGCUUCGGCAGGUCUCGGACUGGAGUGACUAUGUUCGAGGCCGCUGGCUGCGGGAGUUGAUGGAUCAGCGUCCUUCCGGGGAGCCUCCCAGCCGCGUCCUAACCAGCCCCGACAAGCAUCAUCUGCUGCUCCUGUGGAACCCGCCGGCCUCCCUGCCUCGACUGGUGGCUUUUCAGCGCCUGGGGCUCGAUGGAGGGGACCUGGAGAAGACCUGGAAGCCGCUUCAGCCCCCUGUGGUGGAGCUGCUUUUCCUGGAAAGCCCUGGCGCUGCUGCAACUGUCUCUUGGGUGUUGGCUAUCAUUUGGGAGCAAGGCAGGACUGAAGUCUGGCGCUUUGUACCCACAGCUGGAUGGCACUUGCUGCAGAGCCUGGAACUGUGCCACGGAGCCCGUGCUCGGAUUGUCUCCAUUUGCAGCUUGGGGGACCAGCUUGUGUGGUGUGAAGAGAGGCCUUCUUUUGAUGCUCAACCGACUCCUGAGAGAAGAGCCUUCCAGUAUUGUAUUUGCGUUCGAGGCCUUCAGGUUGGAGAACAGGGAGUCCAGCUGAGCCCUCUCAGGGUUAUCUUGCACAAUAGCCCUGUUUACCAAGUCUUGGCCAAGCCCUCGGGAGUCUUCCUUGUCCCCACCCCAGCCACCUUCCCAAGAAUAGCCAAGUUUGUCCUCAUCUGGCGACCUGAAAUGGCUGAUAUUGUUAUUGCUGCGCCGCACGGCCCGUGUGUUUCCACAAAAGCCUCGCAUGCAGGCAGCGAUGUAGACUUCAAAAAGCUAGUGCUGAGUUAUGUGGGAUUCUUGGAAUCCAUGACAAAUUUGGCUGUUCACAGCUGUGCUCUAUCCAGUUGUGGAGAGCUGCUCUUGUUCAUGCAAACAGGCACGAUCCAGGGAGUCCAACCUAAUGGCGUUUGGCGACCUGUCUUUGACUUUGCAGGAAGCAUUUUGUCUUCAGGAGAGCAGGUCCAACUAAAGGUAUUUGGGGACAUCCUGGCUUGCUUACUGAAGGAGACUCUCUAUCUUGUGGAUUUGAACAGUAGAGAGCUGAUAGAAAAUAAAGUCCUGAGCACUGAAAGAGUACGCUUUUUGGACUCUCCUACCAUAGAAGAAGAAAUCCAGCUCCUUGCUCAGGAUGGCAUUUAUACUCUUGACUUUUCAAACUCUGGUCAAGGCUGCCAGUCUGAACCCCACCUGGUGCAGGUGGUGUUUGAAGAAGCCUGCAAAUACUAUCAAAGACGGAGUCUCAGUAGUUCCCAACUCACUGUGGAGAAACUGAAGAAGGGGGGCAUGUUUCAGGCUCCUGUCGCGCUGUCUUCCAUCCUGAGCCACAGUCUUGAUCCCAGAGGAAAAAAGCUCAGAGCCCUCCCAGAAUCUUACACCAAGCUCCUGGGAACAAUGCAGUUAGAACUGCAGAACUAUCAAGAUCUGGAGUUCCUCAAGUUGCACGUGGUUCAAGCUUCAGAAAGUGAGGUAAAGAGCUAUGGUGAAGCACUGGUGGAGCAAGAACUUAGCCGCCUUCUGCACUUGGACUUGAACAGAGAGAACUUGGCAUACCUGAAUGUCAUAUUCACUGCCUUCCCUGGAGCUUUCUGGAAAGCUGUCCAGAACCACCUCCAGCUACAAGAGAAUGGGGAUGGCGUUUUGGUAGCUAGAGCCACACCAGAUAUAUGGAAAAAAGUUCUGGGGGGAGCUGCUCCCAGCCCGACUAAGCAAGAAGAAAGCUGUCCAAAUGGAGUAUUCCCCUUCUUUGAACUUGUCUGUCUUUCUCUUCUCGAGUUCAAGCCUAAAUGGUUGCCUCACUUUGUGGAGCUCUCCCAACAAUAUUUGGGUGCGUCUUGGACUUAUAAAAGCAAAGAAGGCCCUGAGGGCGGUGUGCCUCUGUAUAAGAGAGCCCUGGCUGUACUGUCAAGGUGUGCUAGAUGUCCAGUAGCAGAUGGAGAAAUGGAAAUUGAGCUCUUGCUCUGUAGCCAGAGGCCCAAAGCAAUCCUCCAAGCCAUGGACCUCCUUAUCCAAUAUGGGAGAUGGCAGCAUGUGAUGGAGACAGCGGAGAAAUUCUCCUUGUUGAGCCCUUUGUUGAACAAAGAGAUUUUUAUUAAUCUCCUGGGGGAAUUUUCCCGGCACCGGGCCCUGGACCCCUAUUUGGACAAGUUGUGGGAUCUCUGCCCGGCAGAUAUGAAUGCCGCUGAUGUCCUGAGCAUUAUUCAGCAACACCUAGCAUCAGUAGAGCUCAAACCAUUUCCUUCUGCACAAGAUGGGUCAUCCCAACCUACCAUUGCGCUGCUGAAACCACUGUUGUACAGACUGGCACAAAGUGAAACAUCCCAGAAUGAAAUUUUUGGUAAUGUCUUACAGGUCCCAUCCUUUCCCCCACCAACACCACCCAGGAACCAUCAGUCUCUUCCGAAAGCAGAUUCCCAGGAAGUUCUAACCUUCUUUCAAAACCAAACGUAGUUUUUAUUGUCUCAGGCAACAUGGUAUUUAAAAAUGACUGUGCAAAAUCACGAGUUGCAGUCUUUAUAUUCCAAGUUCAUCCAACUAAAGUGGGAAGCAAAAUCGCAGAAUCAUGUACUGUCGGUGACUUUGUUUGGAAGAGUGUAGAGCUUCUAGGAAGGAUUGGAAACAUUUUAUAUCUUUAAACUAGGGUAAAUAAAGGCAUCUCUUCCCUAACCUUUCAGAUAUGUUGGGAUCGUAAUUCUCAAAAUGAGAACUCUGAAUUGUACAGUAUUUCUAGCACAUCUGGAGGGCAUCCAUUGGGGACAGCUGCAUAUCAAAAUGACACAAUUGUUUCAGUAAAAUUUGAAAUGUUACUACUGAUGUACUUCUGUCCCUUCAUGAAUAUUAUGGGAUUGUUUGAUAUUCAGAUAACAUGCCAGUCUGCAUUCAUCAACUAUAUUUGUAUACGAGUUUCACUGAGGAGUAGCGGUGUUCUUUUGUGCUCAGAAGUAGUCUUCCUCCAAGGCUGUUAUGUGAACUAGGGGUUGAUACAGUCUAAGGCAGGGGUGUCAAACUCGCUUCCUUAUGGUGUCACGUGACAUAUUGGGACUUUUUUCCCCUGUGCUAAACUGGGCGGGGGUGGGGCUAACACGUGACGUAUCUGGGCCGGGGGCUGUGAGUUUGACAACCUGGUCUAAGGCAUCUGAAGAGAUCAGAUUGGAGAAGAUUUCUCUAAACUCUUAUUUCAUGAGAAGAGAAAAGGUUCUUGAUAAUAAGUCUAAAGGUUUCAUUUAUCAGCCUUACGUCAUCCUAAUGUUUUUGAAACUCCCUAAAUCAGCUACUGCUCUGAAAAUCACUCAGGUGUAUCACAGAUUUAAGCAAUAUUUAUCUUAAGCAGUUUUGUUUUGACUGCCUUUAUCUAUGCACACCUUUGUCCCCUGUACAGCCUUUAUUUUUUGCUUUUUAGAGAAGUGGAAAAGUUUCACUGUAAUAAUUUAUGCCAUAUUUCUUUGUACGAAAGUAUAAUUCUCCUAAUGCUGCUUUCCAUUUAGGUAAAAAUAGCCCUCUUCAUCCAGAUGGAGAACUUUAGCCUUCCAAACAUUGCAGUGCUACAAUUUCUGGCAUCCUCAUGUCCUACAUGUAUAAUGAUAGGGUCUUUUUCUACAUAGAUUUAACAGAAAUAGAGGAAUCUUUAAAUGGUCUAAUCAUGAAUAAGUUUUUACUAUGUGUAGGUAGUUGAUGAUACAGCAUUGUUUUAAUUCUUAUGAAACUGAUAGGAUCAUUUUUUUAAAUCCAUUUUCCCCCUGAUAUGAUCCAAAAAAGAGGCUGUUGAAUAAAAGGAAGGGCUAUGCAACUUCAGUUCUGUUUUAGAGUGAGUUUAACAGCUGCUUUGCUGCCAACUUUUGAUUUAAAAGGCAAUGGGAUACAUGUGAAAACUGUUAAGAGAUAAUCUGAAGCCCUCACAAAAUUUCUGAAAUUUUUGGAAUCCCAAGUAGUUUGAUUAAGGCUCAGAAAUGCUAGAAAUUAAGGAUGGUCACAGGUUCCCCACCUAUUUUGGAAAGAGGCCUGUGAACGGGAAAUUGGUCUACUGUUUGUUAUGUUGUAAUUCUGUUGCCCUGUCCUACAGCCUGGAAAGCGUUUUGAGUGUUUAGUAGGAAAAGGCUCUAUGGUUACAUAGGACCCUGCCCGGAUAUCUGAGAAACAUGAAUGAAAGCGAAUGUAUCCAUUGACUAGGCUUGAGUGGCCUUCACUGCUUGGCGAUCUGAGUGUAAAGCAAAUAUUUUUCUUUCCUGCUGUGAGCUUCUUCCCCUUUCUGGAGUAGAAGGUAGACCUGUAGGAGAACUCAAGAGCUACUCUUAAGUCUCCCUUUCGUCUGUCAGAAGCAAAGAAGGGAGGUACAGGGGAUGAAAUAACACAAAACAUUUGGCUCAUAUCAAACUGGCCAUCCCAAAUGCACAAUAUCUUGUUACUUUCUAUAGGUUGACAUUCUUCAAAAAACUCAAGCUUCCUCAUUCCAGAGUCAUUUUAAAAUUAUUUUAAGAGUUGAAAAUUACUGUAAAUGCCCCUCUUGAUUAUAAAGAGGCAAGGUUCUUUCUACAAACUGAUUCGUUGUUAGUGCUGGUCUUCAGAGGUUGGGUGUUUGUUCUCAUGAAGUAGGGGUGAAAGGGUAGGCAACCUUAAGAUUUGCCUGGAUGCUUUGUGCCAUGAGUGCCUUGGAAGAUAAACAGCAGACUUUUAAGGCUAUUUUUAAAUGAAUAACUUUUAACGAGUAAGAAUAAGCAUUAUAUACUCCCAUCUGUAUCUUCUAUAGUAUUUUUGUUAAUUCAAUCGUGAGUCUUUUGUUAAUGGGGAUGAAUACUAGUAGAUAAUUUAGUCUGACCUGGAAGAAUGUCAGCUAAGAAAACAAAUCAUGUUUGGGAAGAAAAAUUAAAGCAAGCAAACUGCCAGCAGUGUUUCUUUGUCUAUUGAGCCAUAGCAUAAGAGUUGUGGCCUUAACUUCCCAGGUUCUAUAAAACUGGGAAUAUCUCUGCCUUUAGAUUAUCUAACUGGAAUGUUCAGGGAAGAGUAGAUUAAGGGUUCAUUCAAAUAUUAAGAGAUAAUCGAUUUGAAAUUAGCUUUCAUAAUAUGGGAGGGGAGUUGGAAAGAAGUGCAAAACAUCAAGAGGACAGGUAAUUGAUGUGUACGCCUACAGUUAU